AUGCUCGACGUCGACGAUCCGACGCGCGUCGAGAUGCGCGAAGAAGAUUUCAAGUGCGCCGAACGCGUCGCGGCGACGAUCGAGGAGCCGAAGCGACACCUGAUGCGAAGGCUCGCGCGCGCGUUCGGCGGCGACGCGAUGGACGCCGCGCUGCGAGAGACGCUUCGAAUCGAACGCGAGGGCGGGUCGAAGUACGAGGCGGGCGCGACCGGGAGCGGGAUUUGGCGACGACGCACCAAGGCGGGGUGCUUUUUGUGGGUGUUCAAGCGCGCGCACGGCGGGGCGAAACUCGAGGCGGCGCUGCGAGAGAGCAAAGCCGUCGACAAGGCGCUGCGCGCGAGACGGCGAGGCGAAUUCGGCCGACGGGGGGGCGCGCGCGGGCGCGGGCGCGGGCGCGGGUGA